GUCAACAGCCAAACGUCAACUAUUUCCUGAAACAGAUCAGAGUCAUACAUCCAUUAUACAAGCUACAACGAUUUAAUAAUACAAAAUGACCUCCUUAACGUCCGUAAUUCCGAAACUGUAUCAGGAAUAUUCAACUAAAACACCUAAAAAGUUGAAAAUAAUCGACGCGUAUCUAUUUUAUAUAUUUUUGACCGCUGUGAUACAGUUUGUGUAUUGCUGCCUUGUCGGCACUUUUCCGUUCAAUUCUUUUCUGAGCGGGUUUAUUUCAACAGUCAGUUCUUUCGUUCUUGGAGUUUGUCUUCGCUUGCAAGUGAAUCCAGAGAACAAGAAUGAAUUCCAGGGUCUAAGUGCAGAGCGUGGUUUCGCAGAUUUCAUAUUUGCUCAUCUUGUAUUGCAUAUUGUUGUUAUCAAUUUUAUAGGAUAAUAAUAUUCUGUGGAUUACACUACUAAUGGAUAGGAAACCUUAAUUAUAAUGUGUUAAGUAUCAUUGCCCUAACCAAUAAGAAAGUAAGCAAAAAAAAUAUAAAAUGUUUAACAAUAUGUUUCUUAUGAGAGGGAUAGGGUGCGGUUAUAUGCCAAUUUUGUAAUUCCAAAAUAAAAACAUGUAAUACCUAUAAAA